AUGUCUGAGAGUGAACAGUUCAAGAAACAUAACGGAACUAAAGACCAGGUUAUCACCAAACCAAUUCAAUCAAAUGAUGGGACCGGUGAGGUCGUCGUUAAGAAAUCUACUGGGAAACUGAAAGUACGGAAGGGACAAACUGAAGAACAAUACCAAGAACAAUUAGCUCACUUCAAUGACGUUGAAAAGGGCCCUGUGGUCACAGAUAUCAACUGGAUGGACCAAUAUGACAAUGAUCCGUUGAAAUUUCAGUCUGAAUCCGUGUUAUUUAAUGAUCUUACUGUGAAACACAACAGAUUGGUUCUUACUGGCUUCAUUCAUAGAUUAUACUACCAGAAAAAUUACCAGGAUUGUUAUAAAUUUGCAUCAAUGGUUAAGGAUAAAUACACAAGUCUAUCCUGCCAUAAGAAGAUGAAGAAAGAAUUUGAAGAACUUGAUUAUAUUCUUACUAAUUGCUCCCGCCAUUUGUCGAAUGAUAGCGUAUAA